CAGGAGCGCUCCUUCAACAAACAACGAUGUCCUCAGCAACAGCGCACUCGUUCAACAAGAUCCUCAGCCAGCCGACCAAGACCUCAAAAUCGAGGGCGACCGGCGAUGUGGAGGACAGCAUCAAGAAACUGCGCAGGAUGAUCCUGGUCGAAGGGAUCCCGUCCGUCGCUGACCCGACGUUGCGCCCAAGAAUAUGGAAAAUCCUGCUUCGCGUGAACAGUCUUUCAUCGGAGAUGUUCCUGCAAUAUGUAUCACGCGGCCCGUGCGAGGUCCGAGAAAAAAUCAGAAACGACACGUUCCGCACACUUGCGACCGAUAAAGGAUUCAAGGAGCGCGUGAGGGAGGAUAUGCUCAUUCGACUGCUCGACGCUUUUGUGUGGAAGAAUCACGACAGGCAAGAGACGCAUCAUCUGGGUUUUACAUAUGUCCAAGGAAUGAACGUGCUGGCCGCGCCAUUCCUCUAUACUAUGCCUUCCGAAGUGGAGGCUUUCUACUCUUUCUCCAAAUUUAUCGAAGAAAGCUGUCCCCUGUAUGUACAACCGACUCUGGAAGGCGUGCAUCGUGGGUUGAAGUUACUGGAUCGAUGCCUGAAGAUCGUUGAUCCGGAGCUGUUCGCCCAUCUCCGCUCAAAGAAUCUUUCCGCAGAAAUCUAUGCUUUCCCUUCUGUCCUCACAUUAUGUGCAUGUACGCCGCCACUGGACCAAGUUCUCCAGCUCUGGGAUUUCCUGCUCGCUUUUGGCGUUCAUUUGAACGUUCUCUGCGUGAUCGCGCAAUUGCUGCUGAUGCGAGACGAAGUGAUGAGCUCCUCAAGUCCCAUGCGUCUUCUUCGAACAUUCCCUCCGCUGGAGGCUCUACCAGUCAUCGGUAUCGCAGUGACGCUAGUCCGCGACCUUCCUGCUCCCCUGUACGAUGAACUCGUCCGACACCCAUACGAAGUUUCGGCCUAAAGACGGACCCAUUUCUCUGUAGCAACGACAUAUGUAUCGACACAACCAGGAUGUAUGUACUUGUGUGUACAAUCUACGGGUGCGGGACACCCCAUACUCUAUGUGCUAGCAAGCGCAGCAGUGCCGCUGGGCCAGGCGUCUCGUGAACACAGAGUACACCAGAUCCAUGUCCAUCUUCUAGCUUCGACUCCGUCUCGACUUGGGCAGGUAACGCUGUUGACUCGAGCAUGCGAUGGUUCGUUCCAAGUUUUUCCAACUCGGCUUGAGUCUCGGCUCGGUUGGCACCCGGUGCAUAGGCGCUAGCGUCUUCUCUGCGAUCCACGACCUAAUGGUGCUUCCCUCAGCAGUUGCGCUCAGGACUUGUGCACGAAGACGAACCAAGAAACCGCGCGUUAGUUCACCGGUUCUGGGCGAGAAUGUCAGAAAGAUCAAGGCCGAUCGAGAAGUGAAGCACCUUUCGAUAUCGAAGAGUCGUCGACACGCUUUCCAAUUGGCGCCCAACCUAUUCGGCAUCCCAUCUGGGACGGGCGGGUUCUCAAUCGCACACCAAACAGCAACAAUAUCGUGCAGCUCCAUCGCAUCUUUCCCGAAUUCGAGCAUGAUCUUCCGCGUUUGUCGAAGGAACGCCGAGGUGAAAUGAACAACAGGGGAUACUGGCAUUUGGGUAGGGUCUUCGAAUUGUUGAUCCACUUGCUCGGCGUAGAAUGGGAAGGGCAGUUCGUGCGGAGUGGUGAUAUCCAGGGGAAGCAACAGGAACCGAUCCAAGGGAAGAAGAAGAUCGUCUGUCUCCUUGCCUUCGACGAGAAGAUUCUUCACAGCGAAGGGGUCUGCGAAGAAAUUGACUGUAGCCGGAGUUUCAAUCAAUCAUCCGUUGGAAGCAGGCAGCCGAACGAGCACACAUUCUGCGACGGGUGUGGUGUUUCCUGGCACAUCCAGAGCCCCGCCCAUGCAGACGAUCCGCCCGAUUCUGUCUCGAAUCGUGGCGCCAUAUCUGGACAUCAGACACGAGAGAUCAGUUAGAGGCCCUAGGGCCAGGAAUGUGACUGUUCGAGGUGGCCGGCUUUCAAUCAGCUCUGCAGCUACAUCCACGCCAGGUCGAUCUGUGACAGUGAGAUACGACUGCUGAGAAGCCGCGUACUCAGGAUCCAGAUCCAACUCUGGGUGACGCUUUGUGAUAUCGCCUAAUCCAUCUCUGAAGAUCAUGACAGGUUGUGCUCUGAGACUAGUGAGACAGACUCGCCUUCCAUGGAAAUAUUGUGCGCUGUGUAUCUCGCCUUCCAAUGGACCGGCGCUCCCCCGCGCUAGGAAGGGCUUCGAGGCGGCGGAGAAGUUGGGAAACCGCGCAGCGUCCGCAGGCAAUCGUUCGAUAUGCCGAGAAAUGGCCUGAUAAGCUUUCAAAAUGUUGAGACUAUAAUCAAUCUGGAUGAAUGUCGCAGAUUCAGAGGGAUCUCAGCCGUACUGUGAGCUCUCGAUGUCAGUGUUACCUGGCCGGAUGUUGAGUGUGUCGUAUAGUUACAAGCGGAUGACAGUACCGAAACUUGUAAUAAAACCAAGGAUUUCCAGCUCCGGGGAAGCAAUUGCCAGCAGUCUGUGACAGUUGUCGAGCGUGUUCACAAGAUUUCCAGAGACCUGGUAUCGAUGCAUACAUAGCUACGAUGUCGUCCACUCCCGGGUCGGUUGAGACUACUCCGUUUAAACCCUUUUACGCACGAGAGAGCUGAAGCACUCACUUAUGACUGGAUUUCUGACAACCAUGGAUUCGGCCUUAGUCGAGGUAGAGUGCAAAAUCGGUGUGGCAUGGGAGAUAAGAUGAAAUCAUCACAUAAUCUAAUCAUACGUUCCCUGAUCAGCCCGAUAAGCCCGAUUUAACGCAAUCUACAUGACACGUACAUCGGCAUUACUUAGCAGUGGGUCGUGCAAGACCAAUCGUACAUUCAACGACUUCGUGCAACCCGUAGCGUCCUCUCGAAAUCUCAGCCUCCUGUUUUUGAUUUCCUCUGACUGGCAUACGAUCGCAGAUCAUAUCCAUCUUAUAUGAGGUCCAUAAUUUGUUGAAUAGUGGUCACGAUAAAUAAACCGAUAAGAUUAGACAAGAUGAGAUGUUCGGCAUGCGUCAAUCACUGAUCCAUGGUGCGAACUGGGCAGUUUUUGUAAGCGGCUUUGUAAGCUCUGCUUGGAAGGCUCAACGCGUCGAUCGAAAAGUUCGCCUCACAGCUCACGACGAUGUCCGAAUCUCUGCGUUUCCUUGGUUCCUUGAAGGGCCACAAGGGUUGGGUCACCGCCAUCGCCACUUCCUCCGAGACCCCCGAUGUUAUUCUCUCCGCGUCUCGUGACAAGACCAUCAUCGUCUGGCAGCUGACCCGCGAUGAGACCGGCUACGGCUCCCCCAAAAGAAUCCUGCACGGCCACAACCAUUUCGUGUCCGACGUCGUUAUCUCCUCCGACGGCCAAUUCGCUCUCUCCUCGUCCUGGGACCACACCCUCCGUCUCUGGGAUCUCAACACCGGUGCCACGACACGUCGUUUCGUCGGCCACACCUCCGACGUUCUCUCUGUCAGCUUCAGCGCCGACAACCGUCAAAUCGUUUCUGGUUCCCGUGACCGAACCAUCAAGCUGUGGAACACGCUCGGCGAGUGCAAGUAUGACAUCAAGGAGGAUGGUCACUCUGAGUGGGUUUCUUGCGUGCGCUUCAGCCCGAACGUCAUGAACCCGGUGAUCGUGUCCUGCGGUUGGGACAAGGUUGUCAAGGUUUGGGAGCUCUCGAAGUUCAAGCUGAAGACCAACCACUACGGCCACACCGGAUACAUCAACACAAUCUCUGUCUCGCCCGAUGGUUCGCUUGCUGCCUCCGGUGGCAAGGACGGAAUCACCAUGCUCUGGGACCUUAACGAGGGCAAGCACCUCUACUCCCUCGAGGCUGGUGACAUCGUCAACGCCCUUGUCUUCUCGCCUAACCGGUACUGGCUAUGCGCUGCUACCGCCAGCUGCGUGAAGAUCUUCGAUCUUGAGAGCAAGUCUAUUGUUGACGAGCUCAAGCCCACCUUCACUGAGGCCUCUGAGGAGGGCCGGGAACCCGAGUGUGUGUCGAUUGCCUGGUCCGCAGAUGGCCAGACCCUGUUUGCUGGCUUCACGGACAACCACAUCCGUGUCUGGACCGUCUCGUCAUAAAAGGUAUCGGUGCAUGUGCAUUAGGGAGUUGAUUUAUGUUGCCUUUCAUUCGUACCUGCCACAAUACACAAAAAACAUUUACUCCAA